AUGGUAUCAUUGACCGAUCUACCUACGGAAAUUCUAUUAUACAUAUUGAAAUUAUUCGAAAAUAAAAUUGAUAUUUUCUAUUCAUUUUAUGGUAUACAUAAUAAGCGUUUAUACCAAUUAAUUCAAACAAAUUUUAGUGUAUCUACAGUUGAUUUAUCAGCAUCAUUAAUAUUUGACAGUAAUAUUCUGAAUUACAAAUUUCUAUUAAAUAAUAUACGUUUAAAAAUAAAACAUUUAAUUUUAAAUGAAAAUGAACAAUUUCAAUUUUUAUUUUGUGCUUCUGAUACAAAAAUUCAAUUUCCAAAUUUAACGAACUUAACAUUAUUAUCAAUUAAUUGUAAAAGUUUUCUUGAUUGUUCACCAAUUACAUUAACCAUCUCUUAUUUAUAUAUUUUAUUUGAUGCGAAUCCAUAUAAAAAUUCAAUUUCUCAUAAUGAAAAUGUUAGUCGGUAUUUAUUUUCAAAUAAAACUAAUUUAUCAGUCGUUAUUAUAGAAAAUAUUCAUUUAUCUAGAAUAUUUCAUUUUUCAUCAUCAAUUAAACAAUUAAAAAUAACUGUAAAAUAUUCUUCAGAUUUAAUUCAUCUAUUAUUGAAUUCAAAUAAUAUUACGGAUUUAAAUGUUAAAUGUCUACAAUUGGAUGUCAUCGAAGGUAAUUUUUUAAUGUGGAAAACUAAUAUAUUCAGAAGCUUUACUAGGAGUAUAAAAGAUGUUGAUUAUACAACUUUGAAAAUUCGACGCUCUAUAGUUCGCGUUAUUCGAAAGUUACCAAGAGAGAUUUCACAAGGGUAAGGAAGAAGUCGCUGAUAAUAUGUCGGAAAAAAAAUCUAUUUUUUCUAUGAGACGUUUACGUUUUCCAUUAGGAAACUUAUCUAUUAAUGCCGUACAGAUUGUUAGACUUUGAGACCUGUCGCAGUUGUGAGAUUUGAAAAACGUUGAAAAAUAUACAAAUCCUCGUUUUCUUUGCGUACAGCGUGACUCUAAACUUUGUUUAGACUCUUUGAAUGAUGCACCGUUUGAAAGAGUGGAAAAAUCUAAACAAAACUUGAUGUUUCUCAGUUUUCCGAGAGGAAGUUUUAUGCGACAGAAAAGUUUAAUACAGGAAAAUUUCGAAUAUUAGAAUUUUUCUGGUAAAAUAAAUAUCUCGUUUUUCCAAAUCUGUUUGAACUUGUAAGACUAGGAUUAAUGUGUGAAACGAACACUUGUGUACAAAAUUCACUAUAGAAUACUGAUAUCUAACCAAAUUUCAGUGUCGAAAAAGUCACUUACAAUGAGUACCGUUAUAGAUUUCGUUUGUUUAGGUAGGAUGAGAGUAAAAACUAAUGAUAAAAUACAGUUUAGCACUCACUCAUUUUAAAAAGGAAUCAUCAAAUUUUUUUUCUUUUGUAUUCAACUCAAGAUAAAUAUUUGUUAAUCUUAAUUCCAAUUCACAUUUUGUACAACAGUUAUGGGGAAAAUCAUUGA